UCUCUCCACUCUCUCUCUCUAUAAAGGCAAAUACCACCAAGCCAUACUAUUCUCCUCUCUCCCUCUCUCUCUCUAUCUCUCUCUCAUCAAGAUUGAGCAGAGACUUCGCCAUGACCGACCCUUUCUUCAAAUUCAACCCUCUCCAUCACCAGCACCACCACCAUUACUUCUCUCCACCUUCGAAUCCUCAGCCGCCUUAUUACUACUCGUCCUCAGCUUAUCACAACUUCGCCUUCAUCAACCACCACCAUGAACAAACCCCACCUUCUCCUCCUCCUCCUCCUCCCAUCAGAGAAGCUCUUCCUCUCCUCAGCCUGCUGAGCCCCACAAGACAGCAAGAGCAAGAUCAAGAGCAAGAACAAGGGCGAGGGCAAAAUCAGGAAGAGAACUUUCUCAUGGAAGUGGACAAGCCCAAACGGUCGGCUGAAGUUCAAGAUGAGGACGAUGAUGGUGAUCAAGAUGAUGAUGAUGAUGAUGAUGAGACUGGAGUGACUGUGGCACUCCACAUAGGGUUACCAAGCCCGAGCGCUGCUGAGUUGGCAUCGGUGAUGAUGCUCGCUUCUUCUUCCUCUUCAUGUUCUUCGUCAGAGAUCGUCACGGCUCAUGAUCAUCACAGCAAGCCAGAUCAAGAACAUGGUGGUGGGGAGGAUUGCGGGUACUUGAUGAGCAGGAUAAACAAGGGGCAGUACUGGAUCCCAACCCCUUCCCAGAUCCUCAUUGGCCCGACCCAGUUCUCUUGCCCUGUUUGCUUCAAGACCUUCAACCGUUACAACAACAUGCAGAUGCAUAUGUGGGGGCAUGGAUCUCAGUACCGGAAAGGCCCCGAGUCUCUGAGAGGCACACAACCAACCGGCAUGCUCCGGCUUCCCUGCUACUGCUGCGCACCUGGUUGCAGGAACAACAUCGACCACCCGAGGGCGAAGCCUCUCAAGGACUUCCGGACGCUGCAGACGCACUACAAGCGCAAGCAUGGGAUCAAGCCCUUCAUGUGCCGCAAGUGUGGCAAGGCGUUCGCGGUCCGGGGCGACUGGAGAACCCACGAGAAGAACUGUGGAAAGCUCUGGUACUGCAUUUGCGGGUCUGACUUCAAGCACAAGAGGUCGCUCAAGGACCACAUCAAGGCCUUUGGAAGCGGCCAUGCCGCGUAUGGCAUUGAUGGGUUCGAAGAAGAGGAUGAGCCAGCGUCUGAGGUAGAGCAAGACAACGAGUCCAUGCAGUGAGAGAUAGGAAACAAAAGUAGGGGAAUUAGGGUAUGGCAAGUAAUUAAAAUAGGAUGAUCAAGUUUGACAAGUGUAGUGGCCUUUUGAGAAUUUCUUUUAGAGAGUUUGGGAGCUUGUCCUCCAAUUGUAUAGCCAAGGCUAAUGAUUAAGAAGAAAUUCAUGAAAUGUAUCAGUGUGUGACCCUUCUUAAACAUUAUAAAUAUAUAUCAUGGAGUACUUUACCUUGAAA